GUCACGUAUAUGCCAUGCAAGGUGUAAUUUAGCAUUGAAGAGUUCGAAUGUCAUGCAGGCAGUAUAAAAGAAGCAAGGCAAAAAAAAUUACCAUUGACAAAAGAAAUCUUCACAUCAAUAAAUCUUCAUUCAAGAAUUUUAACCAUGGAGUGGAAAGCAGUGGUGAUAGUCGUUGCUGGUCUCAUGGCAACUGCAACUGGUACUUCAAUCAGUGAUUGCUCCGCUCGUUUUCAGCAAUCUCUUACGGAAGUGCUACAGCUGAAGAAAACAUGUGCCACAGCUAUGUACAAGGACUGUUGCCAGAUAGCACAAAUGUCUAAAACGUUUGACCACAACCCAAAGUCUGGGAUCUAUGACAUCAACGAGGUCUGCCACACAACUACGCCAUUCGGCCUGAACUUCUCCCCAAUGCAAGCACACUGUAACAUGGAGAGUGGUGACGGUGGAUGGAUCAUUCUCAUUCGAAGGACACCAGACGUUGCUGAGCGAGUUUCAUUCAAAAAGUCGUGGGUGGAAUAUGAGAAUGGAUUCGGGAACCUGAGUGGCGAGUUCUGGUACGGACUAAAGAACAUGCACUGUCUUACGAGUCGAGAGCCAAUGGAGGUCGAAGUUGAAUUGAGAAAGACUGGUGGCACAAAACUAAUUCUUUCGUAUAGUAGCUUUAAAGUGGAUGGACCUGAUACAAGCUACACACUGCAUGUGUCAGGCAAACAAUAUAAAGGUUCUGAUUACUUUCAGUAUCAUAAUGGAAUGAAAUUCUCCACAUUUGAUCGAGAUAAUCCCGGUAGUUGUUCAAAAACAUACAACAACGGUGGAAACUGGUUUAAUCACUGCUACGAUAUGCAUCUCACUGACAUGCCGAAACCUCAGCUUCAUAUUAGUGGCUUUGAUCCCUACGACUACGCUGAGCUACGAGUGCGUCCCAAAGGUUGUAUAGCUCUCGAUGACAGUCCUGGUAAUUGUGUUUAAGAAAAAAGGAAAAGAGCCUUCACAUGAUAAUUGUGUGAACAAUAUUAUGUACAUACUUAUACUGAUAGAUGGAAACAUGGUAGAUGACUAGAGAAACUGAAAUUAUAUCGUUAGGUUAUAGCUAUAAUUCAUUAUCACAGGGUUCUGAUGUAUUAUAGUUACGUGUGUUUAGCAUUAAAUUUAGUGCAGUUUUAUUGAAAAAUUAUGCCAUACACUCCAUACACUCGUUGUCAUGGGAAUGGAAUGCUUGUUAUGCUAACUGAAA